GAAGUGCUUUUUUAUGUAGUUUUUUCCCCCUCAACCUAAAGGCCACCUCUGUGCAUCAAUCUAUGCUGUAGCGGAAGCAAGACUGAAGCAGAUUUAACUUGGAUUAUUGGAUUGUUGUAUUUAAAUAGUCCAAUUAUAACAUUGUAUAGCAAUGUUUCCAUCCACCGUUACGCUCCCGUCAACCAACCGAGAUCCAUUUCCUGUAUCCCAAUUGGGAAGGCAGAAGUGAGACAAACAGACAGAAUGAGACAGACCGAGAGUUAAGGAGCGUUUGAACCAUAUCUGAUCGGCUUCAACACCAGCUGUUGAGUGAGAUGGCGAAAUGUCGAGCUCACGCCAAGCUGCUCUGUCCCCCCCCCCCCCCCCCCUCGUCUCCGCGCUGCCCCGCAGUCUUCCUCAAUUACUCAUUCAUGAUGCUCCGCUGUUUGAUAUUUGGUGCACUGGGGCGCAUGGGCCCUGCUUUGUGUGGUGUCAUCUGCCUGUCGUCCCGGGGGACCGGAGGAGAGGAUUAGACACUUAUAGCAGGAAUCUACUCACUGACAAACCAGUGGAACCGCCGACCCAGGAACUGUUUAAGAAGUCACAAUGUUACAAAAAAUAGUAGUAGUGGAGGAAAAAAAGCAUGCAUUUCUUGUAGCCGAUGUUACAAACUGUUAGACAAAAAGAAAUAACAGUUUUCACUGUGAGGCAUAGUACCAAUGCCGUCAACAGUGAUACUGAACGCACCCCAGGAAGCAAGCUAUUUCUGCCAUCGCACAGUAUGACACUCUUUCAGCAGAACUCACUGCAACCCUUCACAUUCUGACACGCUAAUGCUACUGGGACGUCAUUCAGACUGAGCUAGAAAGAAACCCAGCCUAGUGCUGUAGGAAGCGUGUUGGGAAGUGUAUUACAGUGCUGUAUGACAACUCUCCAAAAAUGUAUUUGUCCGGAUCGUCAUUAAUUUUAUAAAACAAGUGUGCAAGGUCAGCCGGCUCUCUAUAUCUGUAUAUCCAUCCAGUUAUACCAGCUUUAUUGGACGAAAAGAUGGUUCUCAUAGAAUUCAAAUGUAGAAUAUGUCUGAACCCAUACAUAUGCUAUGAGUCCCAGAAGAAUGUAUUUUACAAAACAUACAAUAUGAUAAAUAUGCCCAUAAAAUAUGGAGAAUACAUUAAAUAACCUUGUAAGGGAUGUGUAAUCCUCACAUGGAAAGGUGUUUGAGAUACUGAUGUAGCAUCAAGUUUAAACACAGUACAUGGUGCUAAUCUGCCAUAGUCACCCACACCCCCAUAUGUCUUUUGUGUAAAUGCAAAUCAGUCUCCACACAGUGUAGCCCCUCUGAGGUAUAAGCUUGUCAGAGAGCGAUGCCAUAGGAGGACACACACACGACUCUCACAAAGAUACACACACACAUUUUCUGAGUAUAGGCGAUAUAGCCACUGGCAGGCGUUCAGGCUAUUUUCCUGGCUGUACGUCACUUUACUUUUAUGUAAUCCCCAAUACCCAGUUAAGCUCAGGAGCACAGUGGUGGUGGCUGCAUACAUUAGAUGGCAAACUGCCUUCUCCAAUCUGGUUUGCAGACAGUGCGCUGCACAGACAGAGUGAGGCUUACAUCUCGUAACUGGUUGAUGAAGCGGAAUACUGGGGGAUGAAGAUGAAUGAAUGGGAAAUCAGGAUAAUUUAAUCCCCAGUUUUAAUGGAUAUGCAAAUAAUACAAUCUAACUGUAAUCGGUGGUUGUAAAGUCGUGCAUUGUGCCCAUCAUACAUGGAAAAUAAGAAUGCCCUAGUUAUAAUUUAUAUCUAUGGCCCAUUAUGUUCCCAUGCUAGGGCACUUAGCUCUCUGACAUUAUUACAUCAUUUAUCUUUUAAUCUGAAUAGAACCUUCUGAUCUCAGCAAAUUCUUGUUUCCCAGGGAACAAGGAAACAAAGUUUUCAAAGAGCAAUAAAGUAUGAACUCAACCUAGAAAUACUGCAGGAGUCUAAAGACUGUUAAUGCCAUAAAACUGUGGACUUGGGGACACAAUGGACUUUGUUGUAAAGAAGAUUCAAGAACUGGACAUCUCCAGGUACCAAACAGCACACUAUGGGAAGCUUGACUGUGUCCCAGAUGGGCUCACAGACGAUCCUGUGAGUCAGACUACAGAGAGAGUUAGCCAGAGCCUCACCGACUGUCUGAAGGUUGAGCCCAAGACCAUAGAAACCACCCCAUCUAGACCGUUCAACUCCAGCCUCUCGGACCUCCUUUCCAGGAUCAGUCCCAGCACCAGCCCAGGCCGUAGGCCCCACCCUUCCUCCUCCAGACCCCCUGCCGAGGCUCCUAACACACUAGUCAUGCCCAACGCCUACGCCCUCCACCCAGAGCUCACCAGGCCCACCCCGGUCAACUCCGCUAACUCCACGCCGGACCCCGCGCAGCCCCAGCCCCACUAUGACUGCCACCAGCAGAGGACGCAGGGCGGGGAAGUGGACUCUCUGUUCAUCCGCGCCGUCACGGCCGCCGAGCUCGUGUGCGGAGAGAGGAAGUACAAGUGCUCAGGAUGUCUGAGGUUCUACGACCACCUGGGGGCGCUGCUGCGUCACAUCGACCAGGGCUGGCGGGAAGGCUUCAGCUGCCGCGUCUUCUACAGGAAGCUGAAGAGUAUGCAGGAGCACCGGGCUCGGUCGAGCGCCGGCCGCAACGCAGACAGGCAGUCUCGCGGUUCCUCUGUGCAUCUUGGCUCCGCCUCCAUGGCGACCACGCCCAUGACCACGCCCACGCCCACUGAAGGACAGCAAAGCCACGCCUCCAAGGAUAAGAAAGCGGAUAUGAUCCACAAGUGGCUGCUAAAGACUGAGAUUACUGUUUUGAAACAAUGAAUCUACCAGUGUUUUU